AUGGCAGAUAUCAGUGUGUCUUUGUCCCUGCUGGUGGGGAUAGUCCUUCUUAGUGAGAUUACACGGAGAACAGUCCUCAAACUGUUUGCACGAACGGACUACGGCAUCUACUUGGUGGAGUUCGUCUCGAGCUUUCAGCUGUACGCCUGCACACACGAACUCAAAAUGCUGGGGGAAGUGGGCCGAAUAGAACCGCAAAUCGGGCUGACACUCACCUACUUAAUCUCAGUGGUGCACGGACUCACGUUCCACGGGGCUGUUGGCAACCCCUCCGGCACGCUCGAGCACGUUUACCGCAGGCGUUUCAGCGGCAGGUGUGCACUUGGGCGCAUCAUUUGCCAGUUUCUCGCCGCUAUCGUGGCACGCGCUCUGGCGCCUUAUAUUUGGGCCCUUGGGCUCUCCGACCUGCAUAUCCGGCACAAAUUAUUUGGAUUUAAAUGUAUCAGCCCGAUUCGCGAUCCUUUGCUCAAGGCUGCUGUCGUGGAACUUGGAUGCGCGUUCGCAGUGCAUACAGCUACCGCACACAUGCAGGGAGUGGAUGACAAGUAUAGAGUUCAUGCUAUAGCUGCGCUCAUCACCACUUUGGUUUACGCAGCUGGGAGUCUCACCGGAGCGGUGUUCAACCCAGCACUGGCGUUUUCAACUCAGUUUCCCUGCAGCGGUAACACUUUCGCGGAGUAUACCUUUGUUUACUGGCUUGGACCUAUACUAGGCAUGGUGUGUUCUCUACUGCUGCACGAUGGAAUUUUCCCACAUUUAUCUGGAAAAAGAACAUAUCGAAAGGACCUUAACUUCAACGCAAACAAGAGGAAAAAGAUUAAGUAA